AUGUACAACAAACUACAUGUACAAAAACUACAUGUACCACAAACUACAUGUACAACAAACUACAUGUACAACAACCUACAUGUACAACUAACAACAUGUACAGCAAACUACAUGUACAGCAAACUACAUGUACAGCAAACUACAUGUACAGCAAACUACAUGUACAACAAACUACAUGCACAGCAAACUACAUGUACAGCAAACUACAUGUACAACAAACUACAUGUACAACAAACUACAUGUACAGCAAACUACAUGUACAGCAAACUAAAUGUACAACAAACUGCAUGUACAACAAACUACAUGUACAACAAACUACAUGUACAACUAACAACAUGUACAGCAAACUACAUGUACAGCAAACUACAUGUACAACAAACUACAUGUACAACAAACUACAUGUACAGCAAACUACAUGUACAACAAACUACAACAAACUACAUGUACAACAAACUACAUGUACAACAAACUACAUGUAAAGCAAACUACAUGUAUAGCAAACUACAUGUACAGCAAACUACAUGUACAGCAAACUACAUAUACAGCAAACUACAUGUACAACAAACUACAUGUACAACUAACUACAUGUACAACUAA